CAUCUCUCUGAGUUUCCCCCAAAAACAACCACCCAAAAACCGACUAAAAAUGUUCAAAUUCGUUGCCAUCGUUGCCCUCCUCGUCGCCUCUGUGAGCGCUGGCCUGAUCGAGACCCACCAUGUGGUGCAUGCGCCCGUCCUCGCCAAGGUUGGAACCGUGGUGCACUCUGCACCCUCGGCUGUCUCCCAUCAGAGCAUCACCCAGGUGCACAGCAAGUCAUACAUCCAGCCCGUGGUUGCUCCCGUCCUGAAGACCACCAUCCACUCUUCUCCCGCCGUGGCUGUCCAUGCUGCUCCCGUCGUUCACUCCGUGCCCGUUGUCCACCACGCUGCACCUGUCGUCCACACCGUUCACGCUGCUCCUGUGGUCCACUCUGUGCCUGUUGUGCACUCUGCUCCCCUCCUCAAGACUGUGGUGCAUCAUGCUGCCCCCCUGGCCUACACCCUGCAUCAUUAG